GUCCUGUUGAGCAGCUCCGCUCUUCCUCCUCUGAGGAGAUCACCUGUCGAUCAGGAUCAUCUGUCAGCGCGCGACCUGCUCGUCGAUGCUCUGAUCGAUCACUGGUCGAUAUGAAGUUAAGUCAACUGGUUCAAGUGGGACUCGAGUUCUACGAGUUUCUCAACGAGACGAAUCGAUCAUCGAUCACAGAGAGAAACCGACUGAGCGAAGUUUACAACCGAGAGUUCAGGAGCAGGAUCCCAGGAUCCAAAGACCCGAGCUUCGGUUCACUUCUUUACGGCCUGAAAACCCACGGGAAAGUAACCGUACGAAGAGGAACAAUCCGAUUCAACCCCAAGGUUCGAGCUCUUUACUUGGACCAGUGGUCCACAUCCAGGACUCGGCGGUCCCAGGCGGCCCAGGGCGGAGGGACCAGUCCGGGGACACCUCCGACCUCCACCUCCCCAGAUGGAGCAGAGACGGGAGUCCGAGCCCGGAGGCAGAUGGCGUCUCGCCUGAUGACCAAGCUGAAGACAGAGAGGUCGAUGUUCGUCUCUGACAAACAUGGCGUCAGCAUCACCUCCGAGCAGCAGUUCAACCAGGGGAAGCUCAGCUUGUGUAUGGAAGGCACCUACGAGUACGAGGUCCAGCUGAGCGUGAGGAACUCUGGAGCCGAGCCGGUGCUCUUCACCUACUACACUCCGCUGCACUGGCUCAAGCACCUGGCUCUGACGGACGAGCACAAGGUGACCAGGAGGAACCCUCGGACCCUGGGGCCAGGUGAAAGCUACGACAUCAGCGUUAGCUUCCGAUGCAGCUGGGUCGGGUUCUAUCCUGUGACUCUGGCCUUUGAGUUCAAACCCGACCUGGAGCCGACCUCCGCUGAGUUCUACAUCGUGCGCUUCAUCGAGGCCCGGUGCAUCACGGCCCUGGGCGUGGAGCUGGCGCCCAUCGCACCCUACAAGCCUCAGCCCCUCUGCACCUGGACCCCCGAGGUCCACUGCACCAUCGUGGACGGGCAGCGACCUGAGGGGAUGUCGGUGCUGCAGCUGAAAAAUGAGGUUCCUUUGAAACAGUAUUGUAUUCCAGCGUAUGUGAACCAACUGAUCGAGUCCCUGAAGUCUGGUCAGCCGGGUCAAAGACAGACGCUGCUGGAGGCUCCGCUCAGCUGGGAGAUCUACACCCAGAAGUUCCAGCUGCUGCUGUUUCUGGAGGAGCGUCAGAUGGAGUCGGACAUCAAGAGAUACAACAUCCCCAACAACGAGAGAGCAGAGCACGCCAUCAUGUCCCGAGACCAAGUCAACAAGAAGCUCCUCGUGCUGGACGUGCCGGGUGUGGCUGAGAACCGUCCCUCUGUUCUACGUGGAGACGUGCUGCUGGUUCGUCCCUCCGGGGAAUCGGGGGUGAAGUAUCGAGGCUACGUUCACAGUGUGGAGCUGAACAGGGUCAAACUGGGCUUCAGCUCCAGUUUGCUGAGUCGGUUCUUCGAGGGGAUGAGGUUCAGCGUGGAGUUCACGUUGAACCGGACCGGCCUGCGGGUCCAGCACCGAGCGGCCGAGCUGGCAGCUGAGCGCGGCCUGGAGGAGCUGCUGUUCCCUGCUGCUCCGGCCCUGAGGCACACCGAGCUGCCUGACCUCAGAUUGUUUGACCGGAAUCUGGAGAAGAACCCACAACAGCUUGGAGCUGUCCAACACAUCGUAGCUGGAUCGUCCAAGCCGGCCCCCUACCUGGUGUUCGGCCCACCGGGGACAGGUAAAACGGUGACUCUGGUGGAGGCCAUCAAGCAGAUCGAGAAGACUCAGGCCUCCUGCCACAUCCUGGCCUGCGCUCCCUCCAACAGCGCUGCGGACCUGCUGUGCAGGAAGAUCCUGGAUCACGUGGAUCACUUCAAAGUGCACCGCAUGUACGCCAGCAGCCGGGACCCGAGAUGUGUUCCUGAAGAGCUGAAGACCUGCUCUAACCUGGUGGGCGACUGCUACGUCUUUCCUGUGAAAGAGGAGCUGAUGGAGUUCAGGGUCAUGGUCACCACCCUGGUGACAGCUGGGAGGCUUGUCACAGGAGGAAUCCCCCCCGGUCACUUCACUCACGUGUUCGUGGACGAGGCGGGACACGCCGUGGAGACCGAGUGUUUGAUCCCCUUGGCAGGGCUGCUCCAUGCACACACGGGUCAGGUGGUUCUGGCUGGAGACCCCAAGCAGCUCGGACCCAUCCUCAGAUCCCCGUUAGCUCUGAAACAUGGUUUGGGAGUGUCCCUGCUGCAGCGCAUGAUGACUCAGUUCUCUCUGUACCAGAAGGACGAGGACGAGUGGGACCGUCGCUUUGUCACCAAGCUGUUGUGUAACUACAGGUCCCACCCGUCCAUCCUGAAGGUUCCCAACGAGCUCUUCUACGACUCGGAGCUGCUGUGCAGCGCAGACGAGGUCCUACGCAACUCCUACUGCAACUGGACACACCUCCCUCAGAAGGGUUUCCCGUUGAUCUUCCACGGUGUCACUGGCGUUGACGAGCGCGAGGCCAGCAGCCCGUCGUUCUUCAACAGGGCCGAGGUGGAGCAGCUGAUGGAGUACGUGAAGAAGCUGCUGCAGAGCCAAGGCAAGAAGGGCCUGGCCACCAUCUCCCCUAAAGACAUAGGCAUCAUCGCCCCCUACAGGAAGCAGGUGCAGAAAAUCCGUCAGGCUCUGAAUAAAGUUGAGAAAGAAUUUAAAUUGAUGAACAUGGAUAAACUGAAGGUGGGCUCGGUGGAGGAGUUCCAGGGGCAGGAGAGGAGGGUCAUCUUGGUGUCCACAGUUCGCAGCAGCUCCAGCUACACAGACUUCGACAAACAGUUCAACUUGGGCUUCGUCAAGAAUGAGAAGAGAUUCAACGUGGCCAUAACUCGAGCCAAAGCCCUGCUGAUCGUAUUGGGAAACCCCAGAGUGCUGAACACAGAUCCCACCUGGGCUCACUUCAUCAAGUUCUGCAGCGACAGCGGAGGAUACGACGGCGUCCCUCUCUGCGGCGUCCUCGCUGAGGAAGAGGAGGAGGUAGUGACGAGACUCGCUGCUCUCUACAUCAGAAUGGAGGGCCAAGUGGAGACGGAGGAGAGUGUGGUCCAGCAGCACCUGGACCCCGAGUGGAGGAGCGACCUGUGAACUCCGUCCUGAUCACCUGACGGCUUUCAUCUUCUUCUUCAGGUUCAUCAAAGCAUUUUCUACGUUUGUACUUAAACUCAACAAAAACGACUCAACAGCAACUUUGAAAGAAUCUAGAAACUUUAUCGUAACAAAAAGUUGAUAAUAAUUUGUGUCUGUGAACUCAUUCAAACGGAGAAAAGACAAGUGAUGAAUUCACUCACAAAUAAAUAACAAACAAUACGAAUCAUACAAAUAAAAUCUGAGCCCUUAAAGGUUCAGUGUGUAACAUUCAGGUGAACACACAGAAGUUAAUAAUAAUAAAUGGUAAUUAGUAAUAAAUAUGAAAAAUAAGUAACGAGCCAAUUCAGGAUCUGAACUCGUUCAGAGUUUCUACAACUGACUUGAUGAAAUCUGCCUCAUCAUCGUUCUUUGAGCUUUUCUACGUCUUCUCUGCUGUUUCAUAGUUUUUAUUGAUUCAGUGAAACAUCUGUUCUGCAGCAGCACAUCUGGAUCUUGAAUAAUUUGUGAAUCAUUAUUUGUUCUGGAAACAGCCGAUUUGUUUUAAUCAAAUUAAAAUGUUCCUGUUCUCUUCUUCAAAUGGUUCUGAUGAUUUUUGGUUUGCUGAUUUUAAUAAUAACUGGAAAACAAUGUGAAUGAA